UCAUUGUAGGAGUACAUGUCGUUAUUAAUCUGCGCUGCACACGCUAACGAACCACACUCCACCGCUAGGUAUGCAUGCUUGGUCGAUCAAUGGGCCCAACCCAACAUCCAACCGUCUCCCAAAUGCUUUAAUAUACCCAGCAACCUAAUCCAACAUCCAGCGACAAACAUUUAUGCAUUGGCUCACACCAAUCGAAUUUAUCCCUGUGGACGCAAUACUUGCCACAAUCAUAGUGUACAGUUUACUUACUACAAAUGGUAUCACAUAUUUAAGCUCGUGCUGGUCGCCAUGGUGGCCGCUAUGCUCCUCGUAGCCUGCGAUGCGGCGAUAUCCUGCGGUCAGGUGACCUCUGCCUUGAGCCCCUGCAUCUCCUAUGCACGCGGCAAUGGCGCCAACCCGCCUGCGGCCUGCUGCAGCGGCGUCAGGAGUCUGGCCGGUGCAGCCCGGAGCACCGCUGACAAGCAAGCAGCGUGCAAGUGCAUCAAGAACGCUGCUGGUGGGCUCAACGCUGGCAAGGCCGCCGGCGUCCCUUCAAAGUGCGGCGUCAGCGUCCCCUACGCCAUCAGCUCAUCUGUGGACUGUUCUAAGAUUCGUUGAUCGACCACUUCUUCUCAUCAUCGCUGCAUAUAGCUCCAGCGAUCUACGCUGAGUACGUUGAGGUCAUACACAUACAUAUACAUAUAUAUGAAUAAGUGCUCUCAUAUUAUCUCACUGCGUGACAGCGAGAGGAGUACCUACGUCCGGCCAGCUCUGCAUGGCAGGCCACACUGUUGUAUUGAUGUUUGGUUGUUCCUUCACCCUUUUGAGAGGACUCAUGAGUUUGUUCUUCUUUGUACCGUGUGCACUUUUGAUAUAUGGAUCUUACACUAGUAGAAAAA